GAGAUCUGGAGGAGAGAGGGGAGUGCAGGCAGGGAGAGGGGGAACGGGACAGAGUGAGAUUAGAGCGGAGCUGCUGUUGGAGGAUCGAGUGGAAAGGAGCUGGAGAUCUGCGGGUCCGGAUGAAGUGUCCGGAGCAGCCGCAGGUGCAGCGGGCUCCAGGGCAUGUUAAUGGCUUGUUGGGAAAUGGGUCCUUAUCUUCAGAUUGAUCCUUUAUCCCCUUAUGGCAAAAAUAAAUCUUCAAGGAAGCUCCCGCCCAUCAGUCAGGGUGGCCAUGAUAUGCCGUUUGCGACACCUCAAACUAAACUGGACUUACUGAAAUGUCAGAUCCAACAGAAACUGGAGCGAGAGAAACAGGUGAAGCUCAUGGCCAUUUACAAACAGCAGUAUCAGGAAGCUCUGUAUCGCCUUCGAACGACCUACCUCGUGGAAGCUCACUCGGGAUCCUACAGAAAUCCCGGAAUCUCUGAGCAACUUUCAGCUGAUGGGUCACAUGUGCAAUCUCCAAUGUCAGAGGAUCAGGAUUUAGGAUGGACCCAGGUUACUCUCGGUCCACAAGGCAAAAGGAGCGCUGGCAUUGACAGAGCUCACCCUCUGAGGCCCAUCGAUCGGAGACACUCAGGACUCAGCAACGUCUUAAACUCUGAAGGAGAGACUCCUGACUGGAGGAGUUUAAUACAUUUGGAUGCCCCCAUGUGGCCAGCUGUUACAUUCAGACCAUCACCACCUAAAGCACCAAGAAGCAAAUGUCAGUCCAACUGGUCACAGUUAAGGAGCAGGGAGCGGGGUAUGGAGCUGAGAACAUCAGAAGAUUCAACAUCUCCAGUCCAACCCCAUCAAAGGAGCAGCCAAUGUAAUAAUUCAACCUUCAGUAAAGGGCUGGAAACCAGAGAGCUCCAAAACAGUCAGCAAAAUGACAGAAUCAACAUAGAUGUUGAGAUUUCUAAGAAAGAGAGUCUUAUUCAAGGAAGACUGAGGAAAAUAGAAGAGGAACUGAGACUAAUUCAGAUGCAAAGAGAUGAAACAGACGAAGAGAUGGAAGAUCAAAAUAUGGAGGAAUCAAUGACAGCAGAAAGAGGGGUUAUGGAAAGAGAGAGAUCAGAGAGAGAGAUGGAGGGGUCCGGGAGAGAGAGAUCAGAAAGAGAAAGAGAGAACUCAGGGAGAGAGAAGUUGGUGAGAGCAAGAGGGAGGCCAGGGAGAGAAAGUGAGAGCUCAGGGAGAGAGUGGUCAGAGAGAGAAAGAGAGUGGUUAGGGAGAGAAAGGUCAGAAAGAGGAAGAGAGGGGUUAGGGAGAGAGUGGUCAGAGAGAGAAAGAGAGAGCUCAGGGAGAGCACGGUCUGAGAGGGAGAGUUCGGGGAGAGAGAGGUCAGAGAGAGAGAGGGCAAAAAGAGAAAGGACAGAUAGAGAAAGGGAAGACAAAGAGAAAAUGUUGGAAUUGGAAAGAGAAGCAAAACACAGACAGAGAGAUAUAACAGAGAAUGUAAAAGAUGUUGAUCAUAGAACAACAAAAAGCAGCAAUGAAAAUUCAUACAAGGUGAAAAUUAGCACCCAAUAUAAAGGGAAGGAACUAACUGAAGACAGCUUUGAUGGCGGCUCCUCAGAUGAAUACAGUGAUCAUUCAAAUCCAUUCGCAAAUUAUAAAGAGAUUGCAAAUGAAGAAAAGAAUGACACAAAGGAUGAUACUGAUCAUACAGCACAAUACAGUAACUCAGUAGAGAAUGAGAGGACAGAGUGGGAUGGACAUUAUUCGCCAGAGGAGAAAGCUCACUGUCCUUUCUGUGGCCGAAGGUUUGUUCUAGACCGCCUCGACACACAUACGGAAAUCUGUAAGAAAGUUUACAAACGCAAACGGAAAGUCUACGAUUCAGCACAGAAGAGAGCGAAAGGAACUGAUUUGGAGAAUUACCAGUGCUCCCACAAGGUCAUCCCAGCACCGAGAGUGAACUGGAAGGUGAGGCAUGAUGCUUUCAUCCGCAUGCUGCAUGCGGCCCAGCAAGCUGAACUUGAAAUAUAUCGUGGGAAGAAGCAAGCAAUUGCAGCAGCCUCCCCUUCUGUCAACUCCGACUACGUCCAGUGUCCACACUGCAGCCGUCGCUUUGAACCCAACGUGGCCCAGAGUCACAUCCCCAAGUGUAAAACACUGAGGAGCCGACCAACUCCACCCAAGAGGUAACUCAGCUGAUCCACUGCUGGAGGCUGCAACAUCUGAAGAGAGCAGAGAGUGAGGGGUUGAACUGGACUGUGGGCGCGAGAUCAAGGGGAGAGGGUGGAGGGCAGAGUUUAUCAUAUUCUAUCUGGCUCAUUUCUUUACAUAAAUAAAAUAAGAAUUAUCAUGUGAAAAAUGUAACAGGAAGUGAAUAGUCUU